CACAUAACAGCUAGCACAGCAACCACACAGAUCCACUGAGAUCAGAAGUUGGUAUUAGCCACACAGAUCGCGGACACAUUUUAUUUAAUGUUAACGUUAGUUGUUAGAGUGUAACUACACUACUGAGAAUAAUAUAUAGAUAUAGAUCCACCACCUCGGAGUGACCAGGAUGGAGUGGCAGCCAGAUGAACAGGGCCUGCAGCAAGUGCUUCAGCUACUCAAGGACUCCCAGUCCCCAGACACAGCAACACAGAGAGCUGUGCAAGAAAAACUGGAGCAACUUAACCAGUUUCCAGAUUUCAACAACUAUCUCAUCUUUGUCCUCACAAGCCUCAAAUCUGAGGACGAGCCCACUCGCUCUCUCAGCGGUCUGAUACUGAAGAACAAUGUUAAGGCUCACUACCAGAACUUCCCUCCCAACGUGGCGGACUUCAUCAAACGAGAAUGCCUCAACAACAUCGGAGACCCUUCACCGCUAAUCAGAGCUACGAUCGGCAUCCUGAUCACGACCAUUGCCUCUAAAGGAGAGCUGCAGACGUGGCCGGAACUGCUGCCUCAGCUCUGUAAUCUGCUCAACUCGGAGGACUAUAACACCUGCGAGGGUUCUUUUGGAGCGUUGCAGAAGAUCUGCGAGGAUUCAUCAGAGUUGUUGGAUAGCGAUGCUCUGAACAGACCUCUCAACAUCAUGAUCCCCAAAUUCCUGCAGUUUUUCAAGCACUGCAGCCCCAAGAUCAGGUCCCAUGCUAUAGCGUGUGUGAACCAGUUCAUCAUUGGGCGAGCUCAGGCUCUAAUGGAUAACAUUGACACCUUCAUUGAGAGUCUCUUUGCACUGGCCGGUGACGAGGACAGCGAAGUGCGGAAGAACGUCUGCAGGGCUCUGGUCAUGCUGCUGGAAGUCCGCAUUGAUCGCCUCAUCCCGCACAUGCACAGCAUCAUCCAGUACAUGCUGCAGCGGACCCAGGACCCAGAUGAAAACGUGGCUCUGGAGGCCUGCGAGUUCUGGCUGACGCUGGCUGAACAGCCCAUCUGUAAAGAGGCCCUGUCUGGACAUCUGGUCCAACUGAUUCCUAUCCUGGUGAAUGGGAUGAAAUACUCUGAGAUUGACAUUAUACUUCUAAAGGGAGACGUUGAAGAGGAUGAGGCAGUUCCAGACAGUGAGCAAGACAUCAAGCCUCGCUUCCACAAGUCCCGCACCGUCACUCUGCAGCACGAAGGAGGGGAGGGCGAAGAGGGGGAAGACAUCGAUGAAGAUGAGGACGACGACGAUGAUACUCUCUCUGACUGGAAUCUACGGAAAUGUUCGGCCGCGGCUUUGGAUGUUCUUGCCAACGUGUUUCGUGAGGAGUUGCUCCCCCAUCUCCUGCCCCUGCUCAAAGGCCUGCUUUUCCACCCUGACUGGGUCAUCAAGGAGUCUGGCAUCCUAGUGCUGGGGGCUAUCGCAGAGGGCUGUAUGCAAGGCAUGGUGCCUUACUUGCCUGAGCUCAUCCCCCACCUCAUCCAGUGUUUGUGUGACAAGAAGGCCCUGGUCCGCUCCAUUGCUUGCUGGACCCUCAGCCGCUACGCCCACUGGGUGGUCAGCCAGCCCCCUGACGCUCACCUCAAACCCCUCAUGACAGAGCUGCUCAAACGCAUCCUCGAUGGCAAUAAGAGGGUACAGGAAGCAGCAUGCAGCGCGUUUGCCACCCUGGAGGAGGAGGCGUGCACAGAGCUGGUUCCUUACCUGAGCUUCAUCCUGGAUACGCUGGUUUUUGCUUUUGGGAAGUAUCAGCACAAGAACCUGCUCAUCCUCUACGAUGCUAUAGGAACACUGGCGGACUCUGUGGGACACCAUCUCAACCAGCCUGAGUACAUCCAGAAGCUGAUGCCUCCGCUGAUAGCCAAGUGGAACGAGCUGAAGGAUGAAGACAAAGAUCUCUUCCCUCUGCUCGAGUGUCUGUCAUCUGUAGCCACGGCGCUGCAGAGCGGCUUCCUCCCCUACUGUGAGCCUGUCUACCAGCGCUGUGUCACCCUGGUCCAGAAGACACUGGCUCAGGCUAUGAUGUACAGUCAGCAGCCUGACCAGUACGAAGCACCCGACAAGGACUUCAUGAUUGUGGCUCUGGAUCUGUUAAGCGGCUUGGCUGAGGGACUGGGAGGCCACGUGGACACACUUGUGGCCCGCAGUAACAUCAUGACUCUGCUUUUCCAGUGCAUGCAGUCCCAGGAUACGAUGCCUGAAGUAAGACAGAGUUCAUUUGCUCUGCUUGGUGACUUGACCAAGGCCUGCUUCCCUCAUGUCAAACCGUGUAUUGCUGAAUUCAUGCCAAUCCUCGGGACAAAUCUGAACCCAGAGUUCAUCUCCGUCUGCAACAAUGCUACCUGGGCCAUCGGAGAGAUCUGUAUGCAGAUGGGAGUGGAGAUGCAGCCGUACAUCGCUAUGGUUCUGAACCAGCUGGUUGAGAUUAUUAAUCGACCCAACACCCCCAAGACCCUGCUGGAGAACACUGCAAUCACCAUCGGUCGACUGGGCUAUGUGUGUCCUCAGGAAGUUGCUGCCAUGCUACCACAGUUUAUCCGACCUUGGUGUACGUCUCUGCGGAACAUCAGAGACAACGAAGAGAAAGACUCUGCUUUCCGUGGGAUUUGCAUGAUGAUUGGUGUGAACCCAGGAGGUGUGGUGCAGGAUUUCAUCUUCUUCUGUGAUGCAGUGGCCUCCUGGGUGAAUCCUAAAGACGAUUUGAGAGACAUGUUCUACAAGAUCCUGCACGGUUUUAAGGAGCAGGUUGGGGAGGAGAACUGGCAGCAGUUCUCAGAGCAGUUCCCCCCCCUGCUGAAAGAGAGACUGGCAGCCUGCUAUGGCGUUUAGAUUCUCUACAGCCACCCAAGAGGUGAGCCUGCAGGAGGAGGGUGAAUGGGAAACUCAUCCAUCUGUGUAUUGCACUGCCCAGAUCUGGGGGGAGGGAGAGGGACGCUAUUGGCCGCUCCCCCUGACGGACGGCCCCCACGCCCUAUGUGUUUGUCC